GAGUCACUUAACGUCUUCUUCGAAGCAAGGAACACGUUCACCGAUUUCUCCUGCGUUGACCGAAGCAAUUGCGCACUGUUUAACGAACCGCCAGACACUAUGUAUCUCUUAUUUUUUAUACUGUGCAUGGAACUUUUGUAUUCUAACGUCUUAGUCUCUGGCGAGUGGACAAAGGGAGAGGAAAUGAGGAAUAAAAGCGUUGGAAGGUCGAAGAGAGAGUUCGAGGGCGAGUACCUGGUGUUUCCGGAAGGCAGCAACAUUCAACUGGUGUAUUGCAUGACCAUCACUACCUACGCGAAGCCUGAGGGAAUGUUCGCCAUCGGAUUGACGGCUGGCCAGGCAUGGGAGCUGCCCUCGAAGAGCACGCUGUCGAACACGUUCGGGGAUUACCAUCGUCGAAGCAGAAGGCAACUGUACCGUAAGAUGGAGCUUCUUUUGGGAAGCCAAGGCAAAGAUGGAAAGGCCUGCGUCCUGAAGGCAAUCUGCAACGCCUCUAGAAGGAGUCGGAGGGAGAUCGGGAAAGGCCAUUUCCUCGCAGAGAUCAUGCACGCUGUGUUUUCGUUACCAGCGAGCUACGACGACACUGAUUCAAUGACCGAGUACGAGAGAGCUUACUUCCUAAAAGAGAAUUGCAACGAAGCGCAGCGGAGAUGUCCGGAUGUGUUCUAAGAGAGAACGAAAUCCUUCUUCUUAAUUUACCAAAUAACCAUGCCGAGGCUAUGGUGUCCAAAGAGGUUGCUCGAAGACACUCGAGUUACAUUUAAUUACGUACAUCGUCCAACAGCCGUACCUUGUGCACUGGCUACUUGAUUAACGUCAAGAGUUUCCAAGUGAAACUAAUCACAGUGUUAUUAUAAUAUUUUCAUUUGUUUCUAAGUAAUGCGGAUAUAUGGAAAUUAUACAUCGACAAUAGUGUUUGUUAAAAAUGGAACUUUGCGUCGUUGAUCAAAUACAAAUUCUAUCACGAAGAUGUGGGGUA